AUGCUCAAAUAUUUCACGAAGGAGCAUUAUUCCUACUUAGCGAGCACCAGGCGGAUGUCCUUCCGGGUGGAAAAGGACAUUAAGACAAGGACGACGUUCGUCAACAGGGAGGACUUGAAGCAUGUGUUUGUGCUGGACUCGCAGGACACAACGGCCGGAUUGUGCCUUCUGAACAUUUCGCUCUUCCUCCUAGGCGGAUUCUCCAAAGAAAAAAGCAAAGGAAACCUAGCGACAAAUCUAGAAGGAGGUCUUUUCAUAAUAAGUUUGAUUAUCUUUUCGAUACAAAAAAUAUUGGACCGAUGUAUCUUAUCAGAUCUGACAUUCGCUCUCCUACUCUUCAUCUCGUGUGUGUUGCCAUUUCUGCUUCUUGAACUCAAUGGUUGUUUUAACAACAUGGUGUUUUUCCCUAUAUGUCUUAUGUUCUACUUCACUAGAUACCAUCUAAGAACAUUGUUCAUUCUAGAUACCUUUCUCAUUCUUACCAUCCUAGUAAUAAACGUAUCCAUAAACUCCACCACCGUCGAUAUUUACAUUUUCCUCUUCCUCUUGACUGCCGUCUUUUUUAGUAUGAUUUAUUACCGUUAUUUGUACUACUUUUCUAAAGCCCUUUCUAAUUCUAUAGCUAACCCAAGAAAUAUGAUUUUAAUGUUCCCCUACAUAAAUGAAUACCAGCAAGUUUGUUUUGUGAAGCUAGCCGAUGUGCUCCUGGACUUAAACAACUACAUUCACACAAAGUGGAAAAUCUUCUGUUGUAACAUUCCAAAUUUUCAUAUUAAAAAUGAAAAGGAUAUGCACAGUGCACAAAUCGUGGCUAGCAGAUUGGCAAAUAAAUUCUUCACUCUGAGGAACCAAAAACUAUUUUCCACUUACCCUCCCUACUAUUGUCUAAAAGUUUUUUAUCAUAAAAAAUUGUACUUAAUUAUUUCUGCUAUUGAGAGGAAGAGAAAACAGAUUGGCAAAUUUCAUUCUAAUCAAAAUAAAAAUAACUUUCUAUUCUUGAUGGAGAUGAUUAAGCUGCACUGGGGAACUAGGCCUUAUGAGGAGGACUCCAACAAUUCCCGUGCAGAUCCGCCCCAACCACGAAAAUGGCCAUCUAAAACAAAUAAAAAAAAAAAAAAAAAAAAAAACACGAUCAGUGAGGAAGUAGAAAAAGGAAAACAAAGUAACAAUCACAGAGAACGAAACUUACGUAUAGAUCGUAUUCCCUUGAAAUAUGUGGAGGAAGCUAACAUUAACCAAAAUGGAAAAUCAGACAUAUCGAAAGCGAGAGAAAAAACAAGGAGAGACAAACCUGAACAAAAGGCAACCUCCAGAGACGAAAAUGCCUCCCAACGUUAUAACAAAAAUAGGGAUACACAGAAAAAAGCAGAAACAGUGAAGCGAGAAAAAAGUACACGAAGGAGCAAUGGAAAAAAUGAUGGUCUACUGAACUGCACUCCACAAUAUCAACUAAACGGUUUCCCAAAAAAGGAAAAGAAAAAAAGAAGCAGUGAGAAAAGGAAUUCUCUAAAUAAUAAUUCUAUCCUGUUUAAGAAAGAUCCCGAGAAAGGAAGGGGCCAUUUUGUGCAAACUUCCCAUACUAAGAUAGACAGACUCCAAAUAGAAACCCCAGUUGACAAUCUGCUGAGCAUCACCGAAAAUACUAACAGAGAAAAAAAAAGUUACAAAUUUAGAAACAAAAAUAAUGUCCAUGGUGAAACAUUUUUUGAGUCCAAAUGUGAUACACACAGGGGAGGAAAACAUGAAAACCCCAGAGCAAUUCCUCCCCACCACAAUAAUAAGGAUUUUAGAAAAGAAAAGCAGAACACUACAGGUAGGAGAAGCACACACGUCGAUGUGAACAGAUAUAAUAAGAAGCCUAAAAACGAUAUGCAGGGGAAAAGGAUGAAAAACAAAUUCCAACAACAGAAGGAGCAUGGGUUUGAAUUCUUCUUCACCAAAAGGAAGAAAAAAAUGGAGCAUCAAAUAUGCAACCAUGAUAACUCAGACUGUGUAAACCCAAAGUUGGAUGACAACGAAUGGGAAAAUAAUACUAAUGGAGUUCCCCUUCCUGGGAACAUAAAGGAUAUCGACACACAAAUGCACAUAAAUUUAAAUUCUUACGUGAACGAUAAAAUGAAAGCUACUCCGAAUGCUCAAAGUAACUACAUGAGUAUGUAUAUGUACAUGCGCAGGCAAGACAACGGUGGUAAGGAACAAACAAGUGUACAUUCCUCCAGCGAAGACGCAAAGAAAAAAAAGAAAAAGUCGGAAGGAAAAUUUUCAACAUCACAAACAUAUCAUCAUGACUGGAGCUUGCUAUCGGAUGAAAAAAUAAUUUUCUUAAAUUUAUCUUGUCUCUUCUAUGUUUUCAUCCAAAAAAUUAAAUGGUUCUUAAAAUAUAUAGAAAAAAUCAACUCUGUUGUUCAGGUGGGAUAUUUCCGACAAGGAAUUUCUCCAAGGAGAGAUCAUCUCUUGGCUUUCCUAGACCAGAAGGUCGAACGAUAUUACCUGCUUUGGUCAAAUUCCUUCGAUUUGGUUUACCAUGUGGAGAAUUACAUCCCACACAUUUUGCUUAUCCUCACUUUCCACCUUUCUUCCGUUUUUGUACGAGUCGCACCCCUCCAGCUCAGCGGAUCCUACAAUCUGUUCCGCAUGGCUAGCUUCUCAUCCAUUUUCGCCGUUAGAUUUCUACUGAUCCCCAUCGUUUUCGCUCUCAUAUUUUGGCCGAUUAUCAAAACAAGAUCAGUGAACCCGAAGAAUAUUUUCAAAAUUAAAAUGCGCUUUUUCCUCCUGUCCCUUUUUAUCCUUAUGUUAUCCGCCCUCGACUACCUGUGGACGGUACUUCUCGUGCAGAAGAAUUUCUGGAGGCUGGAUGGCGCUAUCCUGUUGGAGCUUCAAAAAACAUACAGAUGUAGUAUGUUUUCCCUAGCGGAGCUAAUUUUCUUUGCGCCAGUCUUCUACUUCCUCAUCAUGCAUCGGUUAAAGUCUCUUUGGUACCUGUAUAUCAUUUGGUUGUUCUUAAUAAAUGUAAUAUACUGGAGUUUGAUUGGAAACUUCCUCCCCGGCCUAAAGAUGAAUAUCACCCUGGCGACAUCAGUUGUGAUGUGCAUCCUCUUUAUUAUCAGACCCUUCGAGAUGGUCAAGAGGGACAUAUUUUGCAGGUGUGUCCUUCCCUACAUUUUAUUCCUGGACGACGUAUUGUGCACCCUCGACUGCGAGAAGAGACUCAAAUAUUUGCAUUUUCAAAAUAUAGGGGGAUGA